CUCAGAUUUUAAAGUUAAACAAAAAAUACCAAAUUUGUAGCUGUAAGAUUUCAGUCAUGCUGAAUGUCCUUUAGCCUACAUCACACACACUCAACCUCUCAAAAAAGCAUUCUAAAUUUCAAUUGCAUUUAAAAUUUCAAGUAUUUACAUUUGCCUCGAACUAAGCUUUAUUCUCCUUACAUUUUCAAGCUGUUAAGAACUUAUUUGUAAUAAAUGCAUUUGUUUCCUUUCAGUUUUCUCAAAUCUAAGGAGAAUCACCAAUUGAACUAUUUAAUGUAAAGUUUGUGAAACAGCAAUAUAUUUUGUACUAAGAUUUUUUUAGAGACAUUAGUGUUGUACAAAAUGGCUGGACGUUUGAAAGUUCUUACACUGCUGCGCACGUUAUCUGCUUCUUCAUGUCAAUGUCCUGCUCAUUCAAGUGGGAUGCUGGUUGGGCAUCCGCACUCGACCACCUCCAAGGAAGAUAAAGAAUAUGCAUUUGAGAUGGCUUGCUCUAACAUUCGAUAUGGUCCUGGAGUCACUGCAGAAUUGGGCAUGGAUGUGGAGUCUCUUGGUGCAAAAAAUGUCUUGGUCAUGACUGAUAAAAACAUAGCAAAUCUGCCCCCCAUGACCAAAGUUGUUGACAGCCUCACCAGCCGCAAGAUCAACUUCAGCGUGUUUGAUGAUGUCAGAGUAGAGCCGACCAAUGAAAGUUUUGAGGCCGCAAUUUCAUUUGCUCGUGCUGGCAAUUAUGACGCGUUUGUGGCUGUUGGUGGGGGCUCAGUGAUGGACACUUGCAAGGCAGCAAACUUGUACGCUGCUGACAGAGAUGCAGAAUUCCUUGACUAUGUCAAUGCACCCAUUGGCAAAGGCAAGCCAGUCACAGUCAAAUUGGCCCCUCUUAUUGCUGUUCCUACAACAGCCGGCACAGGCAGUGAGACGACAGGCGUUGCCAUAUUUGACCACAUACCGCUGAGUGCCAAGACUGGCAUAGCCCACCGUGCCCUGCGACCUCUGCUUGGUCUCGUGGACCCCUUGCAUACGUUGUCCAUGCCCCGCACUGUCGCAACGUACAGUGGAUUUGACGUGUUGUGCCAUGCACUGGAGUCAUACACUGCCCUGCCAUAUACGGAACGUCAGCCUCGUCCGCCUCAUCCGCAGCUACGGCCCGCCUACCAGGGCUCCAACCCUAUAUCUGAUGUCUGGGCCAGAGAUGCUCUCAAAACCAUCAGUAAAUACUUCAUCAGGUCAGUGGAGGACCCAGAAGACGUAGAGGCGCGCUCUCACAUGCACCUGGCAAGCGCUGUGGCGGGCAUCGGCUUCGGCAACGCUGGCGUGCACCUAUGCCACGGCCUCUCCUAUGCCAUCGCUGGCAAUGUUAAAACAUAUAAGCCUGAGCUGUACAAUUCAUCUCACCCGCUGAUCCCCCACGGACUGUCAGUGGUCAUCACCGCACCCGCUGUCUUCCAGUUCACCGCCCCAGCCUGUCCUGCCCGACACAAAGAAGCUGCUGUUCUACUCGGAGGAAAGGCUGACGUCAAAGACGAAGAUGCAGGGCUGGCGCUGGCUGAUGUGCUGAGGACUUACAUGCAAGCCCUGGGCAUCGAGGAUGGUCUCACUGCGCUGGGCUUCGGCUCAAGUGAUGUUCCGCGUCUCGUGGAGGGCACGUUGCCUCAACACAGAGUCACCAAGCUGGCACCCCGCCAACAAACUCAUGAACAACUCGGCGAUAUACUGCAUAACUCCAUGACUGUUUACUGAAAUUAAUUGACUACACAUACUUACUGUUUACUGAAAUGUUAGUGGCCUUAGUUGCUAGCUCGUCUACUGAGCUGGAUGGUCUACAUACCAUGACUGUCUACCUCUACUGAGAUGGAUGGUCUACACACCAUGACUGUCUACUGAGAUGCUGCUUCAUGACGACCGAAACCAAUUGUUGAAUGUUCGUCACUGUCGACUGAAAAUAAUUGUAUUUACUGCAUGACUGUCGACUGAAAACAUUUGUAUUUACUGCAUGACUGUCGACUGAAAACAAUUGUAUUUACUGCAUGACUAUCGUCAAAAUUUGUGAUUGUUCUGGGAAAUCAAAUAUUCCAACUAAACACGUGGAACUACAGCGGUGUUUACUCAGACGGCUUCCCUGACUGUGUUUUUAGCGAAUGUUCUCAUUUGUCGCUAUUGUGCUCAUCAUGUCCGUCCGUCCGUUUGUCUGUGACUUCACGUUU